CCAUGGCAGGCCGCACACAGCGACGCCGCUGCGCGCCAAAAGACAGGUACCUGCGCCUUCCCCGCCCACCUCUCCCGACCACUCAGACCGCACCUUCGACGGAAUCACGACCUCGCCCUCCUCUCACAACACGCCCUCCGCAAGACCUCGAGCAGCCAUUGGGUGUCGCGCGUCCCUUUCUGCACUGUCCCGCGACCUAGGAACAAGUAUUGCCAUCCAGACACGCCUCGGACUGCCGCAGACCCUGUCCGCCGCGUAACACUUGCGCGACCACGCCCAAGCCAUGGACCAAGUCAACCUCCAGGGCCACGGCCAGCAGAAGAUGCGACAGCAGCCCCAGCAAGCUGCGCCGCGCAAAUACGAUGGCCAGCAGGGCAACCCCCUCUAUGAUCCCACCAACGGUGGCCACUAUGGCGCAUCUGCAGCAAUUGCCGCACAGAACCACGCGCCCGAUCCACAGCUGUUCACCGGUUCGUGGCAGAAUGUCAACCAAGGACUCACCGGUAACUACCGCGACAUCCUCAAUACAUACUGGCAGCAGCAGGUCACGAAGCUCGAGACCGACGAACAUGACUACAAGCUACACCAGCUCCCGCUCGCCCGCAUCAAGAAGGUCAUGAAGGCCGACCCAGAGGUCAAGAUGAUCUCAGCCGAAGCUCCAAUCCUCUUCGCCAAGGGUUGCGACAUCUUCAUCACCGAGCUCACAAUGCGCGCAUGGAUUCAUGCCGAGGAGAACAAGCGUCGCACUCUCCAGCGCUCCGACAUCGCCUCGGCUUUGUCAAAGUCGGACAUGUUCGACUUCCUCAUCGACAUUGUUCCUCGCGAGGAGGCUCACCCCCACAAGAGGAGUGCAGGCCAGAACGCAGCUGUACAGUCGUCAGCAGCCGUAGUCCCUCCCGGGGCUAUGCCCCAGCCGGUACAUGCUCAGCAUUCCAUGCCACCUCCCGACUAUGGCCUGCAGGAGCAUCUUGGACAGCAGCAGGACUACCAGCAACCGCCCAUGUACCCAGGUCCGAUGCAAGGCGAUCCCCGCGCCUACGCACAGCAGCCCAUGUUCGACCCCAGCGUCUACACUCAAUACCAGGUGGGCGGUCAGCAGCCGCAAAUGUACGCAGUUGGUGGUCAGCGUGGGCCUGAUCCGAAUGCCGCCGAUCCCCAGGGUUACGGUCGCUAUGGAGAGGCUGACCCCGACGACGCUGAAGGCGAGAGGGUCGACCCUGAGAAUUAGAAACGAUCAUAUACCUAUCACAUGCUUGAGUUGGAGAACGCCGGCUUUGGGGGAUUAAUCCCACGUUAACCUAAGGAAAAACUGAACACCCUGGAGCCUACACCGACGUUGGGUCACCCACUUUACACGUUUUCAUCUUGAUGUAGUCUCCAGACCUGUUCCCUUUUUUUCUUGUAUGAGGUGAUCCCAUCAA